CCCGAGCUCCCAGGAGAUCAGCUGUGGCUCUGGGGCACCUCUCAGGGAGAGAAGGGAGCUGAAGCGGCCGGCUCCAAAGCUUGAGGAGGAGACAAAAGCCUUGGCGGAGGAAGAGAGGCAGAAGGAGAAAGAGAAGCAGAAGAAAGAAAAGAAGGGUGUCUCUGUGGGGAAGGAACCUCCAAAAGCAGAGAAGGGGAAAACCAAACCCCCAGAGAAGAAGGAAAGCAAGGCCCCAGAGAAGAAGGACACCAAAAUCCCAGAGUGGAUGGAAACCAAUGCCCCAGACAAGAUUGAAAACAAACUCCCAGAAAAGAAAAACAAACAUCCAGAAAAGAAGGAAAUCAAAUUCCCAGAGAGGAAGGAAAGCAAGGCCCCAGAGAAGAAGGACACCAAAGCAUUAUUAGAGAAGAAGGAAACUAAAUUCCCAGAGAAGAAGGAAACCAAAGCUCCAGAGAAGAUUGAAAACAAACUCCCAGAAAAGAAAUACAAACCUCCAGAGAAGAGGGAAUCCAAAUUCCCAGAGAAGAAGGAAACCAAAGCUCCAGAGAAGAUUGGAAACAAACUCCCAGAAAAGAAAUACAAACCUCCAGAAAAGAGGGAAAUCAAAAUCGCAGAGAGGAAGGAAAGCAAAGCACCAGAGAGGAAGGAAUUGAAAAUCCUAAAGAAGGAAACCAAAUCUCCAGAGAAGAGAAGCAAACCUCCAGAAAAGAAGGAAACCAAAUGCCCAGAGAGGAAGGAAAUCAAAAUCCCAGAGAAGGAAACCAAGGCACCAAAACAGAAGGAACCCAAAGCCCCAAAGAAGGGGGAAGCCAAAGUGCCAGAGAAGAGAGAGACCAAAGCCCCAAAGAAGAAGGAACCCAAAGCCCCAAAGAAGGGGGAAGCCAAAGCCUGAAAGAAGGGAGGAACCAAAAUCCCAGAGAACCCAGCUGAGCUGGAGAAGAAUUCUUUAUUUUAUUCACACAACUUAUUUUAUACAGUUUGACAAACCUAAUGUGCCACUUUAGUUAGUUAAUAGAUUUCUUAUUAUUAGUUAUGCCAAUUAUUCUGUUGGAUAAUAAAAUAUAUUUUACUUGUGC